AUGUAUAAAACAUCAAAUAUUGCCGCCAAUCAAACGGAUACAAAACCAAAGGCCAAACGCAAAAGGAUGACAGAGAACAAAUCUACUUCAAUGUCCGGGGGCCAAGCCUACCACACUUCCCCGUGCAGCACUGACAUGCUGAACCCCGUCAAAUCGAACAUGAUGCCACCGAGCGCGUUUAAUUUCGGUACCAGUACAAAUAUGGCCCUCGGGGGCGCGCUUUACGGGGACAACGGCGCGUUCUCUAUCGAGGACUUCCGCAACAGCACGAAUCAACUGAUGGCCGCGAAUUAUAUGGCGGCGGCCGUAGCGCACCAACACCAGCAGCAGCAGCAGAGGAGCGGCGCCGAGGCCAGCGCCGAGAAGCUGGUGAAGCCUGCACACCAGGGCUCGGGCCACGGCGGCGGUUCGUUUCCGUUCAUCGGCGGGCACGGGCAGGUGCGCGCCGGCUACCCGUUCGUGGGCGCGGACCCCUCCUCGCCCCUCUACCAGCAGUACCUGCAGCGCCACCAGGAGGAGCUGCUGCGCCAGACGGGCGCGCAGAUCAUGAGCCUCUACUCGCCCGCAUACCCGGCCGCCCUCGGCGUGCGCCCGCCGCCCUACGACGCCAUCAACCGCCACACGUGGCUC